AUGGAAAAUAACGACAAUUAUCAAUUAUCAACUUGGAAUUCAUUGUGGAGAUAUAUCGGUAUUGAAAAACAUGCUACUUAUGGUUUUUAUUGGAUGAUUGGUGCUGCUAAAGUUAGUGAUUAUAAAGAUUGGUGUUUGUAUUGGUUAGGUCUUAGUGAACAAAAACCUCCAAUUGUUGGUGAAAGUCCAGAAGAUUUUUAUGUUAGAAAGAUUUAUUCUACUUCUUAUGACUGUUUUAGUAGACCUAUUUGUGGACCUCCUGAAAAUCAUAUCACUAUUGGUUUACGAGAAGAGGUACCUAUUGAAAAUGCAAAACAUCUUGUGUUAAAAGAAGGAAAAGUUAGAGAAGCUAUUAAUUUUGGUUCAUAUAACUAUCUUGGAUUUGGUGGAAGACAUCCAAUUGUUACAAAAGAAGUUGCUGAUUGUUUGAGAAAUAAAGGAAGUAGUUGUAGUGGAUUUGCUGCUGAAAGAGGUAUUUCUGAAGAACAAAAAAAAUUGGAAGGUAUGUUAGCUGAGUUUUUACACAAAGAAGCUGCUGUUGUUGUACCAAUGGGAUUUGCUACUAAUUCUACAUUAAUUCCAAUUUUAGUUGGAAAAGGAGAUGUUGUUUUUUCUGAUGCUUUAAAUCAUUCUUCUAUUAUCACUGGUAUUAAAUCUGCUAAUGCUGAAGUCAGAGUAUUUAAACAUAAUGAUAUGAUUGAUUUUAAAGCUAAAUUAGAAGAUUUAAAAAUUCAUGGAAUGAAAAAUGGACAACAACCAAAGAAGGUUAUGGUUGUUGUUGAAGGUUUAUAUUCAAUGGAAGGUGAAUUUUGUCCUUUAAAAGAAAUUAUUGCAUUAAAGAAAGCUUAUGGAUUCUAUUUAUAUAUUGACGAAGCACAUUCUAUUGGUGCAUUAGGUUCUACUGGAAGAGGUAUUGUUGAACAUCUUGGAUGCAAUUUUGAUGAUGUAGAUAUUUUAAUGGGUACUUUCUCAAAAUCAUUUGCAGCAGCUGGAGGAUACAUUGCCUCUGAUAAAAGUACAAUUCAAUUACUAAAAUCUAAUUGUUAUUCAUAUGUUUAUGGAUCUCCAAUGUCACCAGUUGUGGCUCAACAAAUUAUUUCAUCAUUAAAUAUGAUGAAAACAGAAGAAGGACAAAAAAGAAUUGCACAAUUAAGAAAAUCUUCAAUUAAUUUUAGAAGGAGACUUAUUGAAGCAGGAUGUCAUGUUCUUGGUGAUACUGAUUCACCAGUUAUUCCAGUUAUGUUAUAUCAUGCAGGAAAGGUUAAGGAUGUUUCACGUGGAUAUCUUAAGAGAGGUAUUGCUGUUGUUGGAGUUGGUGCUCCUGCAUGUCCAAUUACUGCAUGUCGUGUAAGAUUUUGUAUUUCUGCAGCACACACUGAUGAAGAUAUAGAAAAAGCUUUCAAAGCAACUAUUGAAUGUUUAACUGAAACUGAUUGUAUUUUUAAAGACACAGAUUGUGGAAACAUCAUUUACAGACCACCUAAAGUAGAUCUUGCUGAGCUUGAGGCAUUACCAAAAGAACCAAGAAAAAUGACACCUCUUAGUGAAAAUUCAGAUAAUAGAAAAAUACUUCCAGAACCAAUCUCACCAAUUGGAUUGGAACUUAGUUCUUAUGAUAUUCAUGGAUUUAAUAAAGAUACAGAAAGGACAGAACAAUUAGUUAAUAUUAUUAUGAAUUAUGGAUGUGGUUCCUGUGGACCAAGAGGUUUUUAUGGUGGAACUUUAGAACAUUUAAAAAUAGAGAAUAAGUUAAUGAAAUUCUUUAAUACUAAUGAUGCAUUAGUUUAUAGUUAUGGAAAUAAUGUAAUUACUUCUAUUAUUCCAGUUUAUGGAGGUGCUGGAGAUGUUAUUAUUGUUGAUGAGUAUUGUAAUUAUCCAAUUCAAUUAGGAUGUAGAUUAGCAAAGAAAGCAAAAGUUAUUAAAUUUAAACAUAAUGAUAUUGAAGACUUAAAAAAACAAGUUACCGAGGCUAAAAAAACAUUAGUAUUUCCAAAUAAAAUAUCUAUAGUUACUGAAGGAAUUUUUCAAUAUGACUAUUCUAUUUCUCCAUUAAAAGAGAUUUCUAAAUUAAGAUCAACUAAUGUACUUCUUAUCGUUGAUGAUUCACUUGGUGUUGGAGCCAUUGGAGCAACUUUAAAAGGAUCAAUGGAAUAUGCAGGGUUAACUAUGAAUGACAUUGAUAUUCUUAGUGGGUCUUUGGAAUUUGUGUGUGAUACUAUUGGAGGAUUUGUUGUUGGUAAGUACUCUGUAAUUGAUAAACAAAGAUUGUUUGGAGCUGGAUAUAUAUUUUCUGCUUCUGCUCCAACAUUUAGUUGUACUGCUGCUUGUAUUGCUCUUGACGUUUUUGAGAAAAAUGGUGUUGAUAUGGGUAUUAAAAUAAGAGAACAAAGAAAUAAAUUUAAUCAGUUGGUGCAAGAAAAAGCACAAAAUAUUCAAGUUAUAGGAAAUAAUUCCACUCCAUAUGUGUUAUUGAACUGUGAAGGAAAGAAUGAAGAAAUUGUGAAGGCCUUAAGAGAAAAAGGAUUUUUUGUUGUACUUCAACAACAUUUACAUGAAGAUUGGUGCCAAAAUAAAUAUAUUAGAUUAUGUAUUAGUAAAGAUUUUACUCAAGACAAAAUGAUAGAAUUUAUUAAUGUUCUUUCAAAUUAUUAA